AUCCAAUCCAUGUUCGAGGUAUUGAAACCAAGCGAAGCCAUCCCUAACGUCGUCCCAAAAAAGACCGAAAGUGAAGAUUUCGUCAAAUUAGUCAGGUUCGACGCCGAAUUUAGCUCAUUUCCCCACGAAAUUUUCAGAAACUACUUGUCCGAAAACCCGAUUGGAAACUCUGUCAAAUUGGAUGCGAGUAAAAUGUGGACACAAAGAAUCGGCAAAAGAAGGGAUCUCAUUGAGAAACUGAGAGCUAUCUCCGGACAGAGCUCCGAUUCCAUGAUUGUUUGA